UGUCAAUCUGACUUGAGGUUUUGGUGAGGUUGUUCGCACGGUAUAAGUAGCUCCAUUGCUGAGGACGAUGGUUUGUGUAAAUUGCUCUGGAACGACAGCUUGACCUGAAGCAUAACGAGCAAGAAUGGUCGCAGGUUGUCGACGAGCAACAAGGGAAAUGCGCUGUGCCAUUAACAUGGUGAAGGGGGAAUGAAAAACGUGAAAAAAUUCGAACUGUAAAUUUCUGUGGAGGGGGGUUACAUUAUCUGACUUGCAAAGCCACCCGAUUCUUUGGUCUGAACUGUCCGAACCCCCACAUGCACCCAUGGCCCAACGCCUGAAUUUGCAGGCCGAUGAUGAGAACACUCUCUUUCAAGAGACACAUUUUUCUCGUUACGGUUAUGAAAGAACGAAUAUUUUUGGUUCAGUCAUAUUAGAAACGUCAUUACCAACCUAUCUCGAGUGCGCGGAAGAGUUUCCGUCAACACGCUACGACUCUUUACCUUAUCCUCCAUCUCGCGAAGCUCCAACGGAGACCAAAAAGUCCAAGCACCUACUCAGUAUCUCAGCUUCAGAGCUAAACGCGUUUGUUGCGUGCAAUGGGUAUUGGAACGGGUUAUGUAUCCCGUUGGGUAUAGAGACAGGCAAAUUGGAGAUAAUAUCUGUCGAUGCGUUUGAGCACGUUAUGGAGGACAAUUUAGGCUUUCUUGUCAAGAAUAUGGUUGUCUGUAUUACAACAGCAGAGCGCUCAAGCGAUGAGAAUCCUUCGACCAAUUAUGAACUCAGGAUUUACGGUGGUAGCCGCAAAGCUGCCCCAUAUCUUGAACAAACUUUAUUUAACAUUGUCGGCGCUUGCCAGCUAAUCAAAGUUGACUCUGCUCCCAUGCAAUUAAACCACGUGAGCGUAAAGCAGAUAGAUGGAAAUAUUCGGACUGCAAUUUUACUGUCAUCGACUGAUGGAAUAGUGCACAUGUACUGCCAGAGCUCAGAAAGCGACAAUUUCCUAGAGUUAGAUGUUGGUGAUUAUUUCCCUAUUUUGGGGAAAAUGGCAGAACAGAGGCAAAGCGUCCUCUUCAUGGAUAUCUAUGAUCAUGGUCAGGGAAGAAUUCUCUGUGCAGGUGGUCAGAAUGGCGAGCUUUGCGUUGGAGUUUAUAACCUUGCCGGAGUGGAAACAGCUUCCUACUCCACGAGACUAUUCAGCCCAAUAUCUUCGGUCAAAAUUUACAACUCACGGUCACCAAUCACGCCAGAUAUUUUGAAUGAUGGUGAUUCUAUUGAUAGGGUUUUACAAGACGAAUGCGAUACAAAUAUUGUAGUGACCUGCGCAGUUGAACGUGCGAUAAUAUAUCAUUCCGUACCAGAAGUUGGUCUUCAAAACGCCGUUGUAUUACCCGAGUCCAGUCACUACGAUUCUGUAUUGUGUUCACAUGUUAUGGAUGUUGAUUGGGAUGGACAAAAUGAAAUUAUCAUUGGUACCUAUGGAAAGCAAAUUCUGAUAUACAAGAAAGCUUCUCCAAAUUCAUACUUCAUCCUUUGGCAAAGACAAUUUUCAUACCCAAUCUAUCGUGUGGUGCAUCUGGAUAUAAACCAUGACGGUUUAGAUGAGCUCAUUGUUACUACGAUGUACGGUGUCCAUAUUCUUCAGGUAAAGUCAUUUGUUCUCAUAAGCUGAUGCCGUCAGAUGGCACUAACAUAUUUCUUACAGCCCAAUUUGAAAAUGGCAAGAGCACAAUUGCUUCGAGUAUUAGAAUUCGCGGAAAGGAUGAAAAGAAGGGUGUACAAUC